AUGAGCCAUGUGACGACGCCCUUUGUUCCGCCGAGAGCCGUCGGUGACGAAUACGGCUCCGUUGCUCCGUCGGCCGAGGACAUGGCUGGCCGCCUGUUGGCAGAGAAUGACGACGGCGACCGUGAAGAAGACGACGAGAUGCAAGCCGGCGUGCGGAAUAUGGAGGCGACGACCCUUGUCUGGACGCGGCCAGCCCUCGUCGCCGCGUACGCCAUGGUCUGGAUCGUCUGCCUGGUCGACAGCACGCAGCAGGGCGCCGCGACGGCCCUCGGCCCCUGGGUCACGUCGGCCUUUGGCCAGCACUCGCUGACGCCCACCGUCAACAUCAUGAGCCAGAUUGUCGGUGGUGUCUUCAAGUUGACGCUGGCAAGGGUGCUCGACGUCUUCGGCCGGCCUCAAGGCUUCCUCUUGUCCAUCCUCCUCACCACCCUCGGCUACGCCCUCAUGGCCGUCUGCCGCGGCCUCGCGUCCUACGCCGCUGCCCACGUCUUUUGCUCCGUCGGCUUCAACGGCCUGGGCUACUGCCUGACCGUCUUUGUCGCAGACGCCUCCUCGCUACGCAACAGGGGGCUUGUCAUGGCCUACUCGAGCUCCCCCUUCAUCAUCACCGCAUGGCUUGCUGGGCCCCUCUCCGAGGCCUUUCUGAGGGGGCCUGGCUUCCGAUGGGCCUUUGCCGUCUUUGCCGUCGUCACCCCGGCCGUCACCUUGCCGCUCUACGGGCUCUUUAUGCACCACCACCGCAAGGCCGAGAGGCUGGGUCUGGGGGGCCACAAGGCGACGACGACGGCUGGCAGCCACCGCCCAUUUUCUCUUCGGGCCCUGGUCCAUUAUGGCCGCGAGUUCGACGUCAUUGGCUUGUUGCUGCUCUCGGCCGGCCUGGCGCUCUUGCUGCUGCCCUUGAACAUUUUCUCAUACCAAGAGCUGGGCUGGCGCUCUCCCCUGAUCCUGGGCCUCCUCAGCGCCGGCGCGUGCCUCGUGGUCCUGUUCGCCGCCUGGGAGCGGUACGGCGCUUCGGUCAACUUCAUUCCCUACGCCCUCCUCGUUGAUCGUACUCUCUUAGGCGCCUGCGUCCUUGCUUCCGCAACCUUUGUCAGCUUUUUUAUCUGGGACGCCUACUUUCCCUCCUUCCUACAGGUCGUCAACGGCCUCUCCGUCACGCAAGCCAGCUAUGUGGCUCAGAUAUACAACAUCGGGUCCUGCCUAUGGUCCCUGGUUGUCGGCCUCGUAAUCCGCAGGACUGGCCGCUUCAAACGGCUGGCCCUGUACCUGGGCGUGCCCCUGAGCGCCCUGGGCGUGGGCCUGAUGAUCAAGUCCCGCCAACCCGACGCCAACAUCGGCUUCCUCGUUCUAUGCCAGAUCCUCAUCGCCGUCGCGGGCGGCACCAUGGUCAUCUGCGAGCAGACGGCCGUCAUGGCCGCGGCGCCGCGGCAGUACGUGGCCGUCGUGCUGGCCAUUGAGGCCAUGUUCGCGGCUAUUGGCGGCGCCGUCGGCCUCAGCGUCUCGGCCUCCAUCUGGCAGGCCGUCUUCCCGCGCAAGCUGCGCCAGUACCUGCCCUCCUCGGAACUAGACAAGCUCGACAGCAUCUACGGCCGGCUGGACGUGCAGCUGUCGUACCCCGUCGGUUCCCCGGCCCGCACCGCCAUCCAGCGCGCGUAUGGCGAUGGUCAGAAGGCCAUGCUCAUCACCAGCACGUCGGUGCUGGUCGUGGCCUUUGUUGCCACGGCCGCGUGGCGAGACAUUGAUGUGAGGAAGAUCAAGCCAGUGAGCGUAAGUGUUGCCUGA